GGUUACUUUAGACCCAUAAAGUUUGCCAUAAUGAUUCGGGUUUGUUUCCUCUGGUUUUGUUUUACACUUUCUUCUUCUCUCAGGAUUUUCAACCAGCGUACUGACUGCACUCAGCCGGGUCUUGACAAUUGCAGAAUAGGUGUUUUUGAGCAAUAAAUCCACCUGUAAUUGAAUAAACAUAAGGUGGAUUUGUUUAAAGUAAUAUUGUGGAGCAUUUGAAGCAAUAUCAAUAACAUAUCCAUAGAAACAAGAAGCCAUUGACAGCAGAUAAACAGAAUGCACCGACUGGGCCAGAGUGGGAUAUUAAGUCGAUGAAUUUCUUCCUGGACAAAGACCAGUUUAUACCAAUUUUAAAUGUGUCAUGGAGGAUAAAACCGUCUGCUGAUAUAUGGGUUCUUAGUGGAUCACGAAUACAUAUCCGUGAUGAAAGAAGUAAUGAGACCAUGUGUUUCGAGUAUUUGUACAGUUUACCCAAGGCAGUGAAUCCAGACUAUAACAGAUGGACAUUUACGUUUGAUACUUUGGUGGUGCAGCCUGAGAAUACAUAUGAGGUGUCAGUUUAUAACAUACCUGAACCCACUGUUGGAAAUUAUAGACUUGUGAAGAAAAUUACCAUUCCAGGAUGUAAUGACAAGAUAAUAAAACACUCCCAGAGGUGUCGUGAAAAUGGAAGUCUAUGGGAGCCCCGAGUUAUGAUGAGUACUGAUCCACCUUUGGACAAGAUUCAAAAACAAAUGUUCAUUGUGGUUAGUUUUUAUACAUCUGAGUACUCGGAGAAGUAUGAUGUGUCUCUACAAAGCCCUGGUGUUUUCUUUUCCUCAGAGACAGUCUCAAAGGAAAACCGAACAUUGCUCAAUGUGACAUUUGCUUUGCGUGCACCACUCUGUAAAAUUGUGAUUAAGAUUCAACCAUUUUUCAAACAAUGCAACAAUAACUGCUCGUCUGCUGAGAAAUCUUUUAAUUGCUGCGAUUAUAAACCACGUACAACGAUUGUGAAAAUGGUUAUUGGAUGUGUCAUCAGUGCUGCUUGUUUGGCUUAUUUUCUGUUGAGAACCUGUGAUACAUGUUUUCAUUCAAUCAGACAAGAACCAGAGUACGUGCCACAGUCUGCUGACAACAACCCAUGUACCCAAAUGGCAAAGCGAAAAAGAUUACUGAUCAUCUACUCCCUGGACCACCCCUUGUACAAAAACAUAGUCCUGAAGCUUUGUAGUUUUCUUAUGGCUAAAUGUGGCACUGAGGUAGUACUGGACAUGUUGGACUCCACUAGACUUGGCAUGGUUGGGGGCCUGCAGUGGCUUCAGUGGCAUAAACAGCAAAUAGAAAAAUCCUCAGAUAAGAUCCUAAUUCUUUGCUCAAGAGGUGUACAAGCAAAAUGGAGCGCUAUGUGCACUGGUAAACAGGUCCAUCUAAGAGAGGAUGUUCACUCAACUGUUGGAGAUAUGCUUAUCCCUGCUUUUUGCCUUAUGGUGCCUGAAUUUGUCAAAUCUCCAUCAUUUGAGAAAUACAUUGUGGCUUACUUUGAUAGUGUAUCCACAGAAGAUGAUGUACCAUCUCCAUUUAACAUGACAGUCCGGUACAAACUGAUGAAACAGUUUGAAGAGUUGUUUUUUAGGAUUCUAGGUAGUGAAAAACACGAGAUGGGACGAGUGAAUAGGAUAGAGGGGCUGUCAGAGGUUGACUAUCACCUUUGUCCUACUGGGGGAGCUCUACGAAAAGCCAUAGAGGAUUUCCAAGCAUACCAAAUGGAGCAUCCACACUGGUUUGAAGAAGAGUUGAUUGAAAAUGCAGAGAUGGACAUUGACAGUGAUCUUGGCUCUGUAUGUCAAAAUAAGGCAAGACAAAUUGUGAAUGAUUUAACAUCAGAAGCGCCAACAAUUCUUAUAAGUGAACAGCGAGAGCAUCUUAGUUUAAAGAUGUGAUUUAGACCUGUGAG